AGAAUGGCUCGGUUCGAAAAUGAGGUGCCGUCCAGGUAUGGCGGAGGACCGGGACACGCUCAAGGGGGACCCGGCCGCGGCGGUAGCAGGCAGGGCGGCCCGCCGGGUGCUCCACAGAGAAUGUACAAGCAGUCAAUGGCUCAGCGAGCCAGAACUAUGGCCCUGUACAACCCUAUACCAGUGCGGCAAAACUGCUUGACUGUCAACCGAUCUCUGUUCAUCUUCAGUGAGGACAACUUUGUAAGAAAAUACGCCAAAAAGAUCACCGAAUGGCCUCCAUUUGAGUAUAUGAUCCUGGCUACAAUCAUCGCUAACUGCAUUGUCCUGGCCCUGGAACAGCACCUUCCAGAAGGAGACAAGACACCUAUGUCAGAGCGUUUGGAGGACACAGAACCCUACUUCAUCGGCAUGUUCUGUUUUGAAUCAGGCAUUAAGAUCUUGGCUCUGGGCUUUGCCUUCCACAAGGGCUCCUACCUACGCAAUGGCUGGAAUGUCAUGGACUUUGUAGUGGUGCUUACAGGAAUCCUCUCCACAGUGGGGUCAGACUUUGACUUGAGGACAUUGCGUGCUGUUCGAGUGUUGAGACCUCUCAAACUUGUGUCUGGGAUACCCAGCUUGCAGGUGGUCCUCAAAUCCAUUAUGAAGGCCAUGAUUCCUCUGCUUCAGAUUGGUCUGCUGCUCUUCUUUGCCAUCCUCAUGUUUGCCAUCAUCGGUCUGGAGUUCUACAUAGGCAAAUUUCACAAAACUUGCUAUGACAUCAUCACUGAUGAGAUCCGGGAGGAGACUCCGUGCGGGACUGAACCCCCCUCUCGAUUAUGUCCUAAUGGAACAACCUGUAAAGAGUAUUGGAUAGGACCAAACUAUGGUAUUACCCAGUUUGACAACAUCCUAUUUGCAGUGCUCACAGUUUUCCAGUGCAUCACCAUGGAGGGCUGGACUGACCUGUUGUACUAUAGCAAUGAUGCUUCAGGUAGUGCAUGGAACUGGAUGUACUUCAUCCCCCUCAUCAUCAUCGGCUCCUUCUUCAUGCUCAAUCUUGUGCUAGGUGUGCUGUCAGGAGAGUUUGCCAAAGAGAGAGAGCGCGUGGAGAACAGGAGUGAGUUUCUAAAGUUAAGACGUCAACAGCAGAUAGAGAGAGAGCUGAAUGGAUAUCUGGAGUGGAUCUGCAAAGCAGAAGAAGUGAUUCUGGCUGACGAGGACAAUGACCCAGAUGACCGGAUGCCCUUUGAUGGAUCAAGGAGGAGGCCCACCAUCAAGAAGAGUAAAACAGAACUGCUCGACGCAGAGGACGGAGAUGGAGACAUAGGUUCUCCAUUUGCACGGGGCAGUCUGAAGAGCUCGAAGAUAGAGGGCUCUUCCUUCCAUAAAAAGGAACGUCGACUGAGAUUCUUUAUCAGGCACAUAGUGAAGACGCAGGCCUUCUACUGGUCAGUGCUUUGUCUGGUGGGACUGAACACACUGUGUGUGGCUUCUGUGCACUACAACCAGCCUGACCGGCUCUCUGACUUCCUCUACUUUGCUGAGUUCAUCUUCCUGGGGAUCUUUAUGUCAGAGAUGUGUAUUAAGAUGUAUGGUCUGGGGACCAGGCCUUACUUUCACUCCUCCUUCAACUGUUUUGACUGCAUUGUCAUUUGUGGCAGCAUUUUCGAGGUGCUCUGGGCUAUGAUCCAGCCAGGAACCUCGUUUGGGAUCAGUGUGUUACGAGCUCUCAGGUUACUGAGGAUCUUCAAAGUGACCAAGUAUUGGGCGUCUCUAAGGAACUUGGUGGUGUCUUUGUUGAAUUCCAUGAAGUCUAUCAUCAGUUUACUCUUUCUCCUUUUCCUCUUCAUCGUGGUCUUCGCUUUGCUCGGCAUGCAGCUGUUUGGAGGACAGUUUAAUUUUGAAACCGGCACACCACCAACCAACUUUGAUACCUUUCCUGCAGCAAUAAUGACUGUGUUUCAGAUACUGACAGGUGAAGACUGGAACAUGGUCAUGUAUGAUGGGAUUGAGUCUCAGGGCGGAGUCAAAAAGGGCAUGGUCUUCUCUGUCUUCUUCAUCGUUCUUACACUCUUCGGCAACUACACGUUGCUCAAUGUGUUCUUGGCUAUCGCAGUGGACAAUCUGGCCAAUGCACAAGAGCUCACCAAGGAUGAACAGGAGGAAGAGCAGGCAGCCAAUCAAAAAAUGGCCCUCCAGAAGGCCAAGGAAGUAGCUGAGGUCAGCCCACUGUCUGCAGCCAACCUCUCCAUUGCAGCUGUGACAGUAAACUCUGAGCGUCUCGAUGCAACAGAACACUUUCUCGACUGUAAGGAACAACAGAAGAACAAUAAAGGUUGUAAGUCAGUAUGGGAACAGCGCACCCAUGAGUUGAGGCGACAGACCCUGAUGAACAGCAGAGAGGCUCUUUACAAUGAGUUGGAUCCUGAAGACCGUUGGAAGGUCUCAUUCUCCCGUCACAUCCGUCCCGAUAUGAAGACCCACCUGGACCGCCCACUGGUCGUGGAUCCUCAAGAGAACCGGAACAACAACACCAACAAAAUCAGGCCGGGUGAGGGUCAACCCCAGUGCACUCAUCAGCUCCUGCACAAACAGCCAAACUUCAAUGACGGGGAGAGCGGAGGUGGAGGGUCUGGGCCCUGGCCGCCAUUGGAAAGAGGGGACUCAACAGGGUCUCGUCGGAGUCUGUUGGGCUCUGACAGCCGGCAGCAGGAGGACGAUGUUAGAGAAUCCCACCACAGACAUCAGCACUGCAGCCAGGCUCGUCAACACCGCAAACACCCAGAGGAGGAGGGAGAGGUCAGAGGGAGGAAACAUAGAAGCAAGGGCAGGGAAAGAGGACCUGAGUUUGAGCAUGCAGAUGGAGGAGAGCGUAAACACAGACGCCAUCGUCAUGACUGCGAUGGACGAAAAGAGAGAGUGGAAAGGGUGCGACACCGCAACAGGAAAGGUGGUCAUGGGAGUGGCCCCACUCUCUCCACGACCCGCCCCAUUCAGAAGACUCUGUCCAGACAGAACAGUCAAUACAGUGAGGACCUGGACAAUGCAAUGAACAACAACAAGCUCGCCACCCAACCGCCUAGUAACUCCACCCCACAUGAUAGUCUGCUCAACCUGGCUAACAGUGCCUACACUUCCGGCCUGGCACACACUAGCAGUGAGAGCAGCAUAAUCCUUACCAACCCUUCUUCUACCACUGCUAAUGUUGCCAGCACUGGUAACUUGGGCAUGACACCCGAUUACACUGCUGUAGACAUUCCACCUAUGUUCCCUUCCAGUAAUGCCAUCCUACAGGUCAAUAAGAAUGCCAACACUGAGCCCCUGCCAAAGAAGGAAGAUACAAAGGAUGAUGAUGAUGAUGAUAAGAAUGAUGGUGGGCCUAAACCAAUGCCACCCUUCAGCUCAAUGUUCAUCCUGUCUACCACCAACCCGUUUCGAAGGUUAUGCCACUAUGUCGUGACACUCAGAUAUUUUGAGAUGUGUAUUCUGCUGGUCAUUGCGAUGAGCAGUAUUGCCUUGGCAGCUGAAGACCCCGUCUGGCCUGAUUCCCCCCGCAACAAUGUCCUACGCUACUUUGACUAUGUUUUCACGGGUGUGUUCACCUUUGAGAUGCUCAUCAAGAUGGUGGACUUAGGUCUUGUCCUGCAUCAAGGCUCAUAUUUUCGUGACUUAUGGAAUAUCCUGGACUUUAUAGUGGUUAGUGGUGCCCUGGUGGCGUUCGCCUUCACCAGCGGCAGCGGAGGAAGCAGCAAGGGAAAAGACAUCAGUACCAUCAAGUCCCUGCGUGUGCUGAGGGUAUUGCGGCCUCUGAAAACCAUCAAGCGUCUGCCCAAAUUAAAAGCUGUUUUUGAUUGUGUGGUGAACUCUCUGAAGAACGUGUUGAACAUCCUCAUUGUCUACAUGCUGUUCAUGUUCAUCUUUGCUGUGGUGGCUGUGCAGCUCUUUAAGGGCCGCUUCUUCUACUGUACUGAUGAAUCCAAGGAGUUUGAGCGUGAUUGCAGGGGCGAGUAUCUUGUCUAUGAGAAAGAUAACGAAGUGAGGGCGCAGAAGCGGGAAUGGAAGAAGUACGAUUUCCACUACGACAAUGUGCUUUGGGCCCUUCUCACCCUCUUCACCGUAUCUACGGGUGAGGGGUGGCCGCAGGUGCUGAAACAUUCAGUGGAUGCGACCUACGAGAAUCAGGGCCCUAGCCCAGGUUACCGGAUGGAAAUGUCCAUCUUUUACGUGGUGUACUUCGUGGUCUUCCCCUUCUUCUUCGUCAACAUCUUCGUAGCUCUUAUUAUCAUCACCUUCCAGGAACAAGGAGACAAGAUGAUGGAAGAUUACAGUCUGGAAAAGAAUGAGAGAGCCUGUAUAGACUUUGCCAUCAACGCCAAGCCGCUGACACGUCACAUGCCCCAAAAUAAACAAACAUUCCAGUAUCGCAUGUGGGAGUUUGUGGUGUCUCCUCCAUUUGAAUACACCAUCAUGGCCUUGAUUGCACUCAACACUAUUGUCCUUAUGAUGAAGUAUGAUGGAGCAACACGUACCUAUGAAGAUGUGUUAGCCAACCUGAAUAUUGUGUUCACCUCACUUUUCUCCAUGGAGUGCAUACUGAAGAUCAUUGCGUUUGGAGCACUGAACUACUUCAAAGAUGCCUGGAACAUCUUCGACUGUGUGACUGUACUUGGCAGCAUCACUGAUAUUUUAGUCACAGAACUAGGGGUAAGUAACAACUUCAUAAAUCUGAGUUUUCUAAGGCUCUUUAGAGCUGCUCGUCUCAUUAAGUUGCUCAGGCAGGGUGAGACGAUACGGAUCCUGCUCUGGACCUUCGUCCAGUCUUUCAAGGCUCUGCCAUAUGUGUGCCUACUCAUUGCCAUGCUGUUCUUCAUCUACGCCAUCAUUGGCAUGCAGCUGUUUGGGAACAUUGCGAUUGAAGAAGAUAGUGAGAGUGCCAUUAACCAACACAACAACUUCAGGACUUUUUUCCAGGCCCUAAUGCUGCUCUUCAGGAGUGCUACAGGUGAGGCGUGGCAUGAAAUAAUGCUGUCAUGUCUGGGAAAGAAGGUGUGUGAUCCUCUCUCUGGAAACAUGGAGGCAGAAUGUGGCAGCGAGUUUGCCUACCUCUACUUUGUCUCCUUCAUCUUUCUCUGUUCCUUUCUGAUGCUGAAUCUGUUUGUGGCUGUGAUCAUGGAUAAUUUUGAGUACCUGACACGUGACUCCUCUAUCCUGGGUCCCCAUCACCUGGACGAGUAUGUGAGGAUCUGGGCUGAGUAUGAUCCAGCGGCUUGCGGGCGCAUUCAUUAUAAGGAUAUGUACAGUUUAUUGCGAGUUAUCGACCCCCCUCUGGGCUUAGGCAAGAAAUGUCCUCAUAGGGUGGCCUGCAAGAGACUGUUGCGGAUGGAUCUGCCCGUUGCUGAUGACAACACAGUGCACUUUAAUUCCACCCUUAUGGCCUUAAUCCGAACUGCUCUGGACAUCAAGAUCGCCAAGGGUGGGGAAGGAGGUGUAGAUAAACACCAGAUGGAUGCUGAACUAAGGAAGGAAAUGAUGGCGAUAUGGCCCAAUCUUUCCCAGAAGACUCUGGACCUACUGGUGACACCCCACAAGUCAGCAACAGACCUGACAGUGGGAAAGAUCUAUGCUGCCAUGAUGAUCAUGGAGUACUAUCGACAAAGUAAAGCCAAAAGGACCCAAGCUGUCCACGAUGAGCAGAAUCGAACGCCAUUAAUGUUUCAGCGUCUGGAGCCGCCGUCUCCAAGCCAGGAUGUCGGGCAGGGACUCACUGGCCUUCCUGAUCCACAGACGCACCCUGCAAAUCAUCUGCCUGUUGAUGAAGGUAUCCCGGAGAGCCAAUCAUGGGUAACGGCACGAGCCCAGGAGAUGUCUCAGAAAGCAGGCAGCUGGAGUCCUGAAGGCCAGCACCCAAAUGACACAGCAGAUAACCGCAGACAAUCUCAGAUAGUAGAGAUGAGAGAGAUGGGGCGUGACGGGUACUCGGACACUGAGCACUAUCUGCCGAUGGAAGGCCAUGGCAGGGCUGCUUCCAUGCCUCGACUCCCAGCAGACAACCAACAGCCACGGAGGAAAGGACGGCAUAGGGGUGAUAAUCUCAUUCAGUCCACCACCGAUAACAGUCCUAUGAAGCGCUCAGCUUCAUCUCUAGGGCAUGGGCGCCAAGGUCGGUCAGUGCAGGGUGAUAACUACUCCAUGGACAGGGUUAUCCCAGAAGAGGGUCACAGACAUGGGCAUCGUCACAGAGAUCGUAGCCACCGUGCAUCUGAGCGGUCCCUUAGCCGCUACACUGAUGCUGAUACAGGUCUUGGCACUGACCUCAGCACCACCACACAGUCAGGAGACCUACCAUCCAAGGAGAGGGACCGGGGCCGGGCCAAAGACCGCAAGCACCAUCACCAUCAUCAUCACCACCACGGCUCUGUAGAUAAGGAGCGCUAUGUGAAUGAGAGAGAACGAGGGGACUAUAGCCACAGACAGUCAAGAGAUAGAGAUCACCGCUGGUCCCGCUCACCGAGUGAGGGGAGAGAGUGCCUGACUCACAGACAGGGCAGUAGUUCAGUAAGCGGGAGUCCAGUCCCGUCAACCUCCGGGACCAGCACACCCCGCCGUGGCCGGCGUCAGCUGCCCCAAACCCCUGCCACGCCCCGGCCCCAUGUCACCUAUUCUCCCGUCGUCCGUAAACCCAUCAGUACCCCCCCUCCCGGCCAGCAAAGCCGACUUCCCACCCCCACCUCACGUCGAUAUUCGCCACCUGGCCCCGAGCCCCCGCUUCCCCCUCACCACCACCCUUCUCCUCCCCACCAUGGUUCUCCCCGUCAUGCACACUGGGGCCCCGACCCUUCAGAGAGUGUGGAAGGGGACGGUGUUUACGAUGACCAAGACUACGAGUUUAACCACCAUGAACCUCCAUCCUAUGAGCAAAGUCCCGUCCAGGGCAACCCUCACUCCCAUUCCCCCAGGACUUCCCGUCACACCGCUCCCCCUCAGGGUCAACCGCACCCCCGACGCAUGCCCAAUGGCUACCAUUCCUCCUCACCCUCUCCGCACCACCACGCCCCCACCCACCCAGGAACUCAUAAGCCUCCCCACCCCAGAGGGCCCAGGAAGGGUCUCAAUGAACCCUACAGUGAGACUGAUGAGGAUGACUGGUGCUAGCCUCUGGGAAGAGGGGAGCGAGGGAGGGUGGGGGGCCAGAAAUGGACUGGAAUGGACUGCCACCAUACAGAGAAGCCAUCUCAAAGAGAACAGGGAUAUUGGCAGGUCUCUUACUUAGUCUGAACUGUCUAGGGAAACACUAGGCAGUGUGCUGAAUGUCCACAGGGGAAAUCAUGGCAUGAUUCUUUUCUUUCUAUUUCUUAUUUCUUUACUAUUCCUCUGCUGCCAAGUGUUUUCCUGAAAGAAGAUGGACUGCUUACAGUGAAUAAGACUGGGGAGGUGUGAAAAAUAUAUGAAAAGAAUAUGAAAUCCUGUUCUUAGCCUUUUUUUCUGAAGAAAAGAACAUUCUCUAUGUUUUGAUAAGGAGAAGGAAUGUCUGAACGUUUUAUUUUCAGGACAUUUCAUCCAGUCUCUCCUUAGGCAAAAUCUGAAAUCUGAAAUACUGAAAUCUCUAAAUGUUUAACACUCAAAAAGGAGGAUCACUUUUUAUUUUGCAGAACUUGACUGGCGAUUCAUUUAUUGCAAAAAUGAGUCCAGAUGCUGGGAAAUAUCGAUGAGUUUUAUCAUCUCUGUUUACUGUUAGUAAUUAUCCCAGUGAGGGUGAGUCGCUCGCCAAUGUACAGUAUGUACGUUUUGGGUGGGUCGGUCAAGGGCUCUGGCCUAUCAGGUGGGGGUGGGCGGAGGUGAACUCACCUGGACUUAGUAGGAGAGCCCACCCUGCAUUUCAGACACCUAACUCAAGAAAGAAGAAUCACAAAAUAUGGGAGAGAAAGAAAAUGAAAAGCUCUUCACUCUUUCUUCUAAGGCUUUGUCUGCUUCUCAUUGGAAACAUUGAAGUUUGAGUAUUUGCACUGCCCAGCUUUGUUUGAACUCCUAGAGAAAAAAAAUCCCUUGGAAAUCCUGCAUGAUUGAAAAAAAAAAAUACAAGAUAAAAAAAAAAAAAUAACUAAAGAAACUUUGGAUAAAAGGGGGAAAGGGGGGAUAAAUUAUUUUGCUCUUUUGUCAUGUCUGUGAAGUUCUCUCUCUCUGAUUAGCACCCUUCCUCUCUCUCUCUCACACAACUCUGUGUUCCCUCUCUUCUUUAGAAGUGUCUGAAAGUGGCCAUUGCUAACAUUCAAACCUUUAACUACUAAUAUAUGGGUGACCAGAGAGGUGUUCUUAUAACAGAUUUGGUGCCAAAUGAUAUACAAUUACCAAAAAGUAAAAAUUGCAAAUCAAAAAUUAAUAGCACAAUUAUUUUUGAGCUAGAAAAAAAAAAAAAUUAACAUUCCUCUGUGAUUGUACACAUAAUGCAGAUAUAGUAGCACAUAGACACAUAAAAUACAAUAACAUAGAAACAUUUAACAGGCAAAGUACAUCUCUGAGCAUAUGUGUGAUUCUUUUCCCUUACACCCUAGUCAGCAUGUUCUCCCAGUCUUCCAGUGUAUAAUGCAGAGAGAGAGCGAGAGAGAGGGUGGGGUGGGGGUAGAUGAGAACCUCUCCAUCUUUAGAUAUGAUUUCUUGUUGAUAAUGACAAUGUGUGUAUAAAGAUGACCACAUAAAUGAUGAUAAUUGAUGAUGAUGACAAUGAUGGUGAUGAAGAAGAUAGUAAUGUUGACACUGAUGGUGAUGUUGAUGAUGUUUUUAAUUUAAUUUUGUACCUGUUUUUUUUUUUUUUUUUUUUUUUUUUUUUUUUUUUGUAUUUGACUUAGCUGCUCUUUGCAUUGCCAUACUUGUUUUCAUGUGAUUUUUGUGUAGAUGGUGUGUGGAGCUCUGUGACAGUAAUCUAUUGUGGGCAAUGACAGAAAACACAUCUGAACUUCAACCAAUGUCCUCAGUAGCUCUCUGACAUGGGCUGUUUCCAUGGAAACACUUUCUCAACCAUAUCAGCGAACGUAAAUGACAGUUUGAAGCAUGCUUCAUCUGGUCUCAAGUCUCUGUAACUGUGAACACUUUUUAUCAAAAAGAAAAGAAGAAUGAAAUGUGUUAGAUGCAUGAAUUUGGGUGAAUUAGAGGAGAAAACUGACUAGUUAUUGACUUGUCCUACUCAAUGUUGAUAUAUAUAUGUGACAUUGGGUUCUUUACAUGGGUUUUGGAUAUUAACAUUAGUUCACAGGGAUUAUUUGAGUUAACUUAAAGGGAUAGUUCACCUAAAAAUGACAUAAUUUGCCCUCAUGUUUUUCCAAACCUCAAAGACUUUAAUUUUUCUGUGGAACACAUGUAAAACCCUGUCUACACCAGACACGAGUGGCACAGUACAUCACGUCGCAUCAAAUGCAAAUCUCUCCCAUUAUAAUCAAUGAUGCUGUGUACACUGGAAGUGUCCGUUGCAUCGCAUUGCAUCAGGCUGAUUGUGGAGGGAUACCCAUUCUAUUGCUGAAGCGCUGGCAGCAAAGCCACUCCAGCAACUUUAUUAUCCCCUCCGUCUGAAAUAAAAUUAGUUUACUUACGUCUGAAUCUUGCAAUGAAUUUAAUUUGUUACAUAUUUGAAUACAUUUGGACCGUUACAUCAAAGCCAGCUCGUAAUGUUUGUUGUCUCUGGUCUACUAAUUUAAAUCAUCUUUUGAUUCUAAGCACGUUUACAAAUGUUUAGCAAUAAUUACAUCAAAAAUAAUUAUUAUAUAAUAAUUAAAGGUUUAUACAAGUAGGUUUCAGUUGAAAAUAAAGAAGU